GCGAGCGCUCUCUGGCUCCCUCCUCGCUGGUUCGUGCUCGCGAGCCUCUCGCCGCCCGUGGGGAAGUCGGGGCCGCCAAAGCCGCGUCCACCGCCGCCUCUUCCCCGCCCUCCUCCCUCCCGGCUCGGCUGCCGGCCCUCGCGCCCUCCAGUCGUGAGUAACCCGCGUAAGGGCGCGGAGAGAACCCCGCGGCGGCGGCGGUGACGGCGGCAGCGGCGGCGGCGGCUGGCCAAACCAUGUUUCGGAGGAUCUUGCAGAGGACUCCUGGGCGAGUUGGCUCUCAAGGUUCUGAUUUAGAUUCAUCAGCAACUCCUAUAAAUACGGUGGAUGUCAAUAAUGAAAGUUCUUCAGAGGGUUUCAUAUGUCCCCAGUGUAUGAAAUCUCUUGGGUCUGCUGAUGAACUUUUCAAGCACUAUCAGGCCGUUCAUGAUGCUGGUAAUGACUCGGGUCAUGGUGAAGAGGCCAGUCUUGCUUUGACACGAGAUGACAUAACACUACUCAGACAAGAGGUCCAAGACCUACAGGCCUCACUUAAGGAAGAAAAAUGGUACUCAGAAGAAUUAAAGAAAGAAUUAGAAAAAUAUCAAGGGCUACAGCAGCAAGAAAGCCCUUGGACUGGCAGACUGCAGUGAAGUGACGCCAGCUGUCUAAUGACACCUUACAGAUCUGAAAGGAGGAGAGCCAUCAGAUUCUGAUCUUAACCCAGAUCCUCUUACUUAACUUGACAGACAUGCCAAUUGUAUAGAGUUUUCUUCUCUUUUACCACAUUUAUUUAUGUGUUCUGUUUUAAUUAAGGAGGCUAAGUCUGAUGGAUUGGUGACUGAUUCGUCAGCAGAACUACAGUCUUUAGAGCAACAAUUAGAAGAAGCACAAACAGAGAAUUUUAAUAUUAAGCAAAUGAAAGAUCUGUUUGAACAGAAAGCAGCCCAACUUGCUACUGAAAUUGCAGAUAUAAAGUCAAAGUAUGAUGAAGAAAAGAGUCUCCGAGCAGCUGCUGAACAAAAAGUGACACAUUUGACAGAAGAAUUAAACAAACAGACAACUGUAAUUCAAGAUCUGAAAACUGAACUGCUUCAGAGACCUGGUAUAGAAGAUGUUGCUGUACUAAAGAAAGAACUGGUCCAAGUUCAAACACUAAUGGAUAACAUGACUUUGGAACGUGAGAGAGAAUCUGAAAAACUCAAAGAUGAAUGCAAAAAGUUACAAUCAGAACAUGCUAAUUCAGAGGCUACAAUAAACCAGCUAAGGAGUGAACUUGCCAAAGGCCCCCAAGAAGUUGCAGUAUAUGUGCAGGAAAUACAAAAACUUAAAGGUUCAAUUAAUGAAUUAACACAAAAAACCCAGAACUUGACUGAAAAAUUGCAGAAGAAAGUCCUAGACUACGCCCACUUAGAGGAGAAGCACAAUGAAGAGUCAGCGAGUAGGAAGACUCUCCAGGCAGCCCUCCACCAGCGGGACCUGGAUUGCCAGCAGCUUCAGGCAAGGCUAACUGCAACUGAAAGCUCACUCCAGAGGGCCCAAGGAGAACUCAGUGAAAAGGCAGAGGCUGCUCAGAAGCUCAAAGAAGAACUUCGGGAAGUAGAGAGCAAGCACCAGCAUCUUAAAGUGGAGUUCAAGCAGCUGCAGCAGCAGCGGGAGGAGAAGGAGCAGCAUGGGCUCCAGCUGCAGGGCGAAGUCAGUCAGUUACAUAGCAAGCUUCUGGAGACCGAGCGCCAACUAGGGGAAGCUCAUGGCAGGCUGAAGGAACAGAGGCAGCUUUCCAGUGAGAAGCUGAUGGAUAAGGAGCAGCAGGUGGCUGAUCUCCAGCUCAAGCUCUCUCGUCUGGAGGAGCAGUUGAAGGAAAAGGUAACAAAUUCCACUGAAUUGCAACAUCAGUUGGAAAAAUCAAAGCAACAGCAUCAAGAACAGCAAGCUCUACAGCAAAGCACUACAGCCAAACUCCGAGAAGCUCAGAAUGAUUUGGAACAAGUGUUACGUCAGAUUGGAGAUAAGGACCAAAAGAUCCAGAACCUUGAAGCCUUACUACAGAAGAGUAAAGAAAGUAUUUCCUUACUAGAAAAGGAAAGGGAAGAUCUUUAUGCAAAAAUCCAAGCUGGUGAAGGAGAGACUGCUGUUCUUAACCAGUUGCAAGAGAAAAACCAUGCACUGCAGCAGCAACUAACUCAACUGACGGAGAAGCUGAAGAAUCAGUCGGAAAGCCAUAAACAAGCCGAGGAGAACUUGCAUGACCAGGUACAGGAACAGAAGGCACAUCUUCGAGCUGCACAAGACCGUGUUCUUUCUCUGGAAACCAGUGUCAGUGAAUUAAGCAGUCAGUUAAAUGAAAGCAAGGAGAAGGUCUCGCAGCUUGACAUACAGAUUAAAGCCAAAACUGAAUUAUUACUAUCAGCAGAAGCAGCAAAAACUGCUCAAAGAGCUGAUCUUCAGAAUCAUUUGGACACCGCUCAAAAUGCAUUACAAGAUAAACAACAGGAGUUAAAUAAGGUCAGUGUGCAGUUGGAUCAGCUCACUGCAAAGUUUCAGGAGAAGCAGGAGCACUGCAUUCAGCUGGAAAGCCAUCUUAAGGAUUACAAGGAGAAGCACCUCUCUUUAGAACAAAAAGUUGAAGACUUAGAAGGCCACAUUAAGAAACUAGAAGCUGAUGCUCUUGAAGUUAAAGCCAGCAAGGAGCAGGCUUUGCAGAGUCUACAGCAGCAGAGGCAGCUGAGCACAGACCUGGAGUUGAGAAAUGCAGAGCUGAGUAGAGAGCUCCAGGAGCAGAAGGAAGUAGUAUCUUGUACAAAAUUGGAUCUGCAGAAUAAAUCUGAAGUCCUUGAAAAUAUCAAACAAACCCUCACCAAGAAAGAAGAAGAAAAGGUUGUCUUGAAACAAGAAUUUGAAAAGUUAAGUCAAGAUUCAAAGACACAGCACAAGGAGCUGAGUGACAGGAUGCAAGCUGCGGUCACAGAGCUGACAGCAGUGAAGGCACAGAAGGACGCUCUCCUGGCUGAGCUUUCUACAACGAAAGAAAAACUGUCAAAAGUUUCUGAUUCUUUAAAAAACUCCAAAAGUGAAUUUGAGAAAGAGAAUCAGAAAGGAAAAGCUGCUAUAUUAGAUUUGGAAAAAGCUUGUAAAGAAUUAAAGCAUCAGCUUCAAGUACAGGCAGAAAGUGCACUGAAGGAGCAGAGUGAACUGAAAACGUCACUCGAGAAAGAGAAAGAGACUUCUCAGCAGUUGAAGAUAGAACUCAAUUCAGUCAAGGGAGAAGUCUCACAGGCUCAAAGUACAUUAAAGCAAAAGGAGAAAGAAGAGCAGCAGCUUCAUGGGAACAUAAAUCAGCUAAAGCAGUCAACCGAACAAAAGAAGAAACAAAUUGAAGCACUUCAAGGAGAGGUUAAAAAUGCUCUUUCACAAAAGACAGUACUGGAGAAUAAGCUGCAGCAGCAGUCAUCACAGGCAGCCCAGGAGCUUGCAGUGGAGAAAGGAAAACUGUCAGCGCUGCAGAGCAACUACGAGAAGUGCCAGGCAAACCUCAAACAGCUGCAGUCCGACCUCUAUGGCAAAGAGUCUGAACUUCUAGCCACAAGGCAAGACCUUAAGUCUGUAGAAGAGAAGCUGACUCUGGCACAAGAAGACUUGAUUUCAAACAGAAAUCAAAUUGGAAACCAAAAUAAAUCAAUUCAAGAAUUGCAAGCCGCCAAAGCUACUUUGGAGCAGGACUCAGCAAAGAAAGAGGCGCUGCUAAAGGAGCAGAGUAAGGCACUUGAGGAUGCUCAGAGAGAAAAGUCAUUGAAGGAAAAAGAACUGGUGACUGAAAAGUCUAAAUUGGCAGAGAUGGAGGAAAUUAAAUGUAGACAUGAAAAAGAAAUCACUAAACUCAAUGAAGAACUCAAGUCGCACAAACAAGAAAGCAUAAAGGAAGUAACAAAUCUCAAGGAUGCCAAACAACUUUUAAUUCAACAGAAAUUAGAACUUCAAGGCAAAGUGGACUCACUGAAGGCAGCUCUUGAGCAGGAGAAGGAGAGUCAGCAGCUGAUGAGAGAGCAAGUGAAGAAGGAGGAGGAGAAGCGGAAGGAAGAGUUUUCUGAGAAGGAAGCGAAGCUGCAUUCUGAAAUAAAAGAAAAGGAAGCAGGAAUGAAGAAACAUGAAGAAAAUGAGGCUAAGCUCACUAUGCAGGUCACAACAUUAAAUGAAAACUUGGGUACUGUGAAGAAGGAGUGGCAGUCUAGUCAACGGAGAGUUAGUGAGCUUGAGAAGCAAACGGAUGACUUGCGGGGUGAAAUUGCUGUCUUAGAAGCAACUGUUCAGAAUAAUCAAGACGAAAGAAGAGCACUCCUAGAGAGAUGUCUUAAAGGAGAAGGUGAAAUAGAAAAGCUUCAGACCAAAGUCCUAGAGUUGCAAAGAAAGCUGGAUAACACAACUGCGGCUGUGCAGGAGCUCGGCAGAGAAAACCAGUCUCUCCAGAUCAAACACACUCAGGCAUUGAACAGAAAGUGGGCGGAAGACAACGAAGUGCAGAACUGCAUGGCCUGUGGGAAGUGCUUCUCUGUCACAGUGCGGCGGCAUCACUGCCGACAGUGUGGGAAUAUCUUCUGUGCCGAGUGCUCAACCAAAAACGCCUUAACUCCUUCUUCGAAGAAGCCUGUCCGUGUCUGUGAUGCAUGUUUCAAUGAUUUGCAAGGAUAACGGGUUCUCACAACUUCAGAGUAGUAUCACACUAACGUUAGACUUUUAAUACAUUGAUUUGGACUCUGGUUGCAUACUAGGCCAAAUUGGAAUUCGUAUAUUUUAGAAUGUUACCAGUAUCAAGUAAAACUCUUCUAUUUUUGUGAGACUUGGGUCCAUCUUUAAUUACUUUUUCCAUUAAACCCCUAAAACAGCUUUCAUGCCAAGGUCAGAAUUAGCCAAUGAAAUGUAAAUAAUCUUUGGACAGAAAAUAGCAAUGUAUUUUUUUAAAUAUAAUUUAAUUAUUCACAAAUGAUGAAUAAAGUUCCUUAGCUUCUUUCUCUCAGAUUAUAUGUACAGAAUGUCUGGAUGGCUCCUAUCAUUUGUUGCGGUUUUGUUGCACAACAACACAGUGAUUCUAUUCUCUGGGUGGAGUCAUGCACAGGAAUGUAACACUUUCUGUUUUCUCCUGUAUAGGUCUGUAGCUCAAUUAUGUUGUUGUGUUAUACAUAUUACUUGAGUGUUCUAAAUGCAGUGUAUGCUAAAUGAUGUGUUAACCAUGAAUUUGCGUGUGGGUUUUGUUUGGGCAAUAUUGAUUAAAUUCUCAAGUAGAUUUGAUGAACUCCUAUGUAAAAUUUAUGGUACUUCUGGGAUUGUAUUUAUGAGAUGAGUUAAUUUGCAUUUCUCUAUCUUAUUUCCGACACCCACACACUGUCCCCUAAGGCAUUGUAUGUAACUUCCCCUCCGGAGCUGGAGGCUGAGUAGUAGAGCCAUGUGGUGACCUGGUCUUGGUUUUUGCUGGUGGAAAGUUUUCUGAGUGAUCUCACAGCCUCACUCCUUCCUUUCUGCAUCUUUAGGAAGUUUGCUUUCCAGUCUCCCGAAGUGCAGCUCAGCCUCACUGCAAUUGUGCUGGCAGUAGGGCCUUUGUAAAGAUAGGAACUGAUACUGCUAAUGUCAUCAAAUGGUAAGGAAAUAGUAAAAUUCUUCUUUGUACUUUCCUUAACCAAAUAGGAAAGAACACAUUGACAGUUAGAAAGCUGGCUUCAUGUCUCUGAUGAGGGGGACAUAUUAACUUGGGAUCUUUUAACUUUGAAAAAAAUAGUGCUAUGAGAUUACACAUCACUACAGAGCAGAGUCCGUAUAGCCCCACCCCUCCAUAUACCUAGGAGCUCCUAAAUGAUGAUAAAAAGGAAAACACAGCUGCUUGACCCCUUAAAAGUCAUUUGUCUGUCAACCAAUAAACUUGUUAUUAGAAAGCAUCCGAAGACUGAACUUACUACAUACUAGUUUUUAAGUUAUCUUUCUGAAGAAGAAAUACAAAGUUACACAUCAAAUCAUUACAGUCAUUUAAUAAUAAUAGCAGAGAAAGAUAAGAGCUAAUAUUUCAUUUGCAAGAAAGAAUUUAUAUUACACACUGCAGUCAGGAGUAUGCUGGAAUCUUCAUGUUUUUAUGACAUACUUACAGCAUACACACACAAGACACUGACAUGUAAUUUUUAAUCAUUUAGCAAAGUUAGUCCCUGCUUUCAGUAAUGACUAAGAACACUGAUUAGAUCUCAGGACUUGGAUAAAUAUAUAUCCUUGAGCUUAUAUACUGAAGUGAUACAAUGGCUCUAUAUUAAAAAUAAUAGUUGGGCAAUUUAGACUGAGCUGUUUAUGCCUUUUACAUAAUUGUGAAUCCUUUCUGGUAGUCCUAAUUCUACAUUUUUGGUUUUUGCAUAUAAGUACUUUGAAAUGUGUUUAAAAUGCAGAUAUUCACAGCACUACUUUGUGAAAAUUUUGGAUUAAAAUAUUUGUUCAUGUCAUCCUUUAAUUGAAGACACUGGAGACUUUCCUUUUGUGCAUCCUCACUUCACAAAAAAAUAGAAGUGGCAACAAAGAAAACCCAUAUGUGUUUACGGUAGGUUUCUUGUUUCCCCCAAUAAUCAUAUGCCAUAGGUCCCAAAUAAUAUCUCUAUCAUAUGCCACUAUACUGAUGACACAAUGAAGCCAAACAAACCAUCGCUCCUAUUACCAAUUCAGUUUGGACUGGAAACAGAAAUUUAAGAAUUUUUUUCUUGUUUAAUGAAAAAGUCUUGUGAAUUCUUUUUGGCUGUACACUUAGAUGUCUGCUAGUAGUAUUGUACUGUCAGUGGGCUGGAGCUGCCGCGUACAGGUCUUGACUAUCAUGCACAGUUGGCAUCAGGUGUUGGCAAACGGCACGCCCCAGCACAGAAAUGGGAGCUGAGAUCAGGUUGUGCUGGGUUGUGUACAGUAAACUGUAUGUAGAGAGGGUCUGUAGUAGGCAGCAGGUGAAGCUGCUGAUGAUAUAGGACUUCCUUGUUUUGAAGAAAGGAAAGGAGACAAACACACAAACCUCAGUGCAGUGUACAAAUAAACAUUUUGUUCAACUACCUCUUAAAGUGGAAUUAGCUAGUUUAACAGUUUCCUUAUAGUAAUAUUAAAUAGCAACUGCCAAAUUUACGUUCCCAUGCCUCUCAAAAGGUCUUCGUGAUUACUUUCUAUAGUUUUGAGGUCCUUAUAGCUACUUUUUUACUCUUGCAUUUGCAUAAGAUAUUUAGCCUCUAAGUGGAAGGCAAAUGAUAGCCGUAUAUUUUGAUAUUUGUGACCUGUUUAACUAUAGCAGUUUUUUUUUUAAUGCACUUUGGCUAUAAAAACCAUGGAUAACUUGAUCUAUAAGAUUUAAAUGUGCCAUCAAUUUAGUAUUCCUAGACAUAAGCUUGAUGAAUGAUCUUCUAUAAUUAUAAUGUGCCACAUUGUUCUGUGUCUUAAUUGCCUUUGCCUGAAUUUCAAUGAUCAAAUUGUUAUUGUUGCACAUGUGAAUAUUGUGUAUAAACUUCCUAAAUUUAUGUAAAGUUGUAUAAUAUAGAAUAAAGAAAUCCCACUGUGUUCUCUCUGUAA